CAGCUGCUGCCAACAAUUCACAGCCACACUUUUUCCAUUCAUUUAACUCUCCUUUUUACUAAAUGAGCGAAUUUGAGGACGCGAGGUAGUUUUUUUUAAAGGCUGUCAAUCGGGCGUCGGCUUUUUACAGCAGCGACCUCUGUUUGUGUCACUCAACCGCUUGCGUAACUCGGGCACAGUUGCGCUACCUGGCGCACCCUCACGAUCACGAAGUCACUGAAGUGAGCGGCCGUGCACGCGAGUUUGGUCGCCCGCUUGAUCGGCGACUCCGCGUAGAUGUUGUCCCGAAUGAGAGUGGGCUCGGUCGCUUGCGUAAGGUACGCGUUGAACUCAAGGGCGGCCGGAGAGGAGACACAUCUCCUGCGCACGCAUCAGCGGCACCGGACCUGCGGCCCGAAGCACGCGGGCGUGAAGGUGCUCUAUGAUGGGCUCUGUCCCAUAUGUGUGACAGAAAUCCGAUUCCUCCAGUUUCUGCAGAGGAACCGCCCCGGUAAAGUGGACUUUGUUGACAUUUCUCUGUCGGGCUAUGACUUGGAGAAAAACAAGGAUGUCAGCUAUGAGAUGGCCAUGGAGGAAAUGCACGUGAUUGAUGAGAAAGACGAGGUUCAUCGUGGGAUUCCUGCCUUUGCAGUCAUGUACAGUGCAGUUGGCCUCGGCUGGCUGGGUCGACUCAUGAUGUGGUCACCUGUGAGACCACUGAUGGACAAGUCGUACGCUGUCUUUGCCAGGAAUCGCUUAAAGUGGACCGGGCGCGGUGAAGAGUGUGCCAAAGGACGCUGCCAAAAGAAAACGCACUGAGGAAAACCGAAAAAAAUGUAUAAUAUCCUUCCAUCCAUGUUUUGAAACACUUAUUCUGUUCAGUGUUGCGUGGGCCCUUCGAACCAAGUUGACCUUAAACCAUUGUGUAAUGUGUUUUAAGUGAAUUGAUUGUCAACAAGAACUUGAUAAAUCCACAUUGUUCAUUUAACUCUCAGUUUACUGUGAACCUCUUAAUAAAGGUUUAAAAGGUUAUUCUAACCUGAGGGGAAAUAUCGUCAGCCUUAAUCAAUGUGUACGAACACAUUUCUUUCCAAAAAUGUAAAGUGAUGUCAAUGGCGAGUAUGUGUUCUUUUAAUAGUAAGUUUAUGCAAAAAAACAAACCAAACAUGUUUGGGCUUGUAUCCUGUUGCACAGCAUUGAGGUUCAUUGAAAAGCAGAUGGAAAAGCAAACUUAGUAAACUGCCACUAGAUGUCAUAAGCCUAAAAUAAAUCAGCCUUGAGUGAGAUCGUCCCACUUGUGCCGUGCUGUGUGUCCUUGUAAUCUACCAGACCUGUUCAUUUAAUAAAGCUUCCUUUGAACAAAUAGAAGUAGGGUAACAUUCAUGAGACAGAAACUUGACAUAAAAUGAUUUUAAUUUGAAAGUUUUGUAAAAUUCCUUUCCACCCUUCUUAUCUUGACAGCGUUACAUUCUUGUUUUGUAUCACAUGUUGUGACGCCUGCACGGUUUCUAGGAAAGGCGGUUUGUUUUAGCCUACGGCGUGUUUGUGUGGAUCUAUGAUGAAAUCAGCAGCUAACUUCAGCUUACAGAGACCCUUGAAAAGCCCCCCACCACCCCCACCCCCUCUAAUUUUAGCUUCCAGUCAGGCAGUAACCACACAUGACUUAAAGCCCAACUGGUCAACAUUGGCUUAUGCCUGUUCGCCCCUGUACCAGCUCAACCAAUAGCUAUUAAGUACUUCAUCAGAGAAAGGUUGAAUUAGGAAUCAAAACGCUGAAGAAACAGUGGUCCUAUCCAAGUGCUGUACUGGAUUUUGAAAUAAAGAAACUUUGAAGAGGAAUUGUAAAGACAGAGUAGUAGGUAUGUGAUCGAGGUAAAUCCUUAGUGAAUGUUUUUAUCUCACAUUUUCUGUCAAGGUUAAAGUAGCUGUUAUUAAUGUUGGUUCAUGACCUUCCCCCACACAAGUGGGAAACAACUCUUGUAGAUCUUUAUAACAAAGUCACUACAAAGUUUUCAUGAAUGCAUUUUACUUUACAUGGAACAAUUGUUGAAGAACACAUUGUCCCUACAGCUCUCUGGGGUCUCAAAUUCCCAUCUAACAUUGCGAUUAGGAGUUAUUAACAAGUUAUGCACAACAAAAUAUUUGGUCUAAAAUUCUGGAAAGGUUGAACGUGCAAUGUUAUGGUGAAGUAUAAUGUUUGUACACACUCUGCUAACAAUUGCAAUGUGCUUUUUCCUCUUCAAAUUGUAUCUAUUGUAUGUUCCGGAUGAAUGAUUGGAUGGAGGUUUUUAUACAUACAGUAUACAGUUUGAUAUCAACACGACUAAAGUGAUCCCUUGACUUUCCCCUAAAGCCACCAGUCCGAUGUCAUUCUUUAUUGUUAUUAAAUCUCUCUACAACUA